AUGGCGCAAUCAACCGCCCAUCGCCGUCUCCUCCAAGAGUACCGCGCCCUCACCAACAAUCCCCCAGAGGGCAUCACCGCAGGCCCCAUCACAGAAGACGACCUCCUGCACUGGGAAUGUCUUAUCCAAGGACCAGAAGGCACACCAUUCGAAGGCGGUGUCUUUCCCGCUGAGCUCAAGUUUCCAAAGGACUAUCCUCUUGCCCCGCCAUCUAUGCGCUUCCUCGCCGACGUGUGGCAUCCAAACGUGUACCCUAGCGGUCUGGUCUGCAUUUCGAUCCUGCAUCCUCCCGGCGACGAUCCUAACCACUACGAACAUGCUUCUGAGCGAUGGUCACCUAUUCAGUCUGUUGAAAAGAUCCUCAUAUCUGUCAUGAGCAUGCUUGCCGAGCCCAACGAUGAAUCUCCCGCGAAUGUCGAAGCCGCUAAGAUGUGGCGCGAACGACGCACCGAAUACGAGAAUAAAGUCCGUGAGGGUGUUAGGAGAAUGCUGGGUCUAUAA